AGAGAGAGAGAGAGAGAGACGCCGCUGUUAUGCAAUAGUAUUGAGCCGCACGUCAAAGUGUUGUGGGAAUUACUUUCCGGUGCUGAUGCUGAGAUUAAUUAUUAACCAGGGGGCUGGGCAGGUCUAUGAAUCAGUAAAACACGUGGCGUUUAAAACUCAACUCAGCUGUCGUGAUUCGCCCUGUAUCACAAAUGGACUUUGCUGUGAAACAGUAGCUGACUAAGAAGACUUAAAGGAAAAGGACAGAGCUUCUGGGACUACAAAUCAGCUCAUAUCAGAGUUAGAUUUUUCAAAUUGAGCGAAAAAGCUUUUUCAUCCGUCUGUCCUCUCCCAUCUCAUCCCUCCUGUCUACCGGGGUGAGAACAAGGGGUUCCAUGGAGAUAGCCGUAAAUGGCUGAGGAGCUGUGUAAGGGCUGGUUUCGCAUCGUUGCAGCAUGGGCUGUCACUUGGCUCACACCUGCUUGUUACUCUCCCCGCGAGCAAAUAAUUAAUGUCAUUCACCUCUGGGCAGGCUCGGCACACUGCAGUGACAUAAGGCUCCUUGGAGAUAGAGGAAUGCAAAUCUGCAACCAUGAUGGAAGGAUUGAAAAAACGUACCAGGAAGGCCUUUGGGAUACGGAAGAAAGAAAAGGACAAUGACUCCACGGGGUCCCCAGACAGAGACGGGGGUUCUCAGAAGAAGACCAAUGGGGCCCCUAAUGGCUUCUACGGUGAUAUCGACUGGGACAGAUAUAACUCCCCUGAGGUGGAUGACGAGGGCUACAGCAUCAGACCUGAUGAGGAGUCUGAAGAGGGAGUACUCGCGCCCACCACCAAAAAGACCCACUUUUUCUCCUCUGAUGAGUCAGAAGAAGAUGAGGACCACAGAAAAAAAUUCAAAAUUAAGAUCAAGCCGCUGCCGGCCGAUUGUGUAGUGACAGCGCCAUCGGUCGACGAGCUCAAAGCCUCCAUAGGCAACAUAGCCCUUUCCCCGUCUCCUAUGAGGAGUCCGAGACGUAGCCCGGGUUUGAAAAGGAACACAUCCAGUCCAGGUGAGGAGAUUGCCAGACCAAGGCGUGUCGUCCCUACUCUACCCACUGUCGCCCCCGCACCAGCUCCAGCACCACAACCUCCAAGUCCACAAACACCUGUCUCUGAAGACACCACAGCCUUAUUUGGGCCUCCUCUGGACACAGCCUUUGGAGAACCGAAAAAUGAAGUGGUUCUGUCCGAUUCUGAUGCGUGGGGGGCUCCUCUGUCAGAGCCUGAAGCCUCUUUGACAAGAUCCUUCCCCACAGGAAGUCCACCUCCACUUCCACCCAAGAAUGUCCCCACCUCCACCCCGCCGACUGGCUCCUCCCCUGUAGAUGAUACUGAAGCGUCAACAGAAGCAGACGGCUCCACCAGGAAGCCCUCAAUCGCUGACUUGGACAACAUUUUUGGACCUGAACCCCCUGCUGGUGAGGAAACGGGUGAAUCAUGGGUCUGCUUCAGUGAAGAAACUUCUAACCAACCGCCUCUACCAGAAGAACCAGCACCUCCGCCACCAGCCUCGCCGCCCCCACCAGAAUCUCCUGCCCCACCCUUACCUAUAUCACCACCCCCUCCAGAGGACCCUGCACCACCUCUCCCGACCUCCCCUCCCCCAAAAGAAGUACCUGUGCCUCCUCUACCCACCUCCCCACCUCCUUCAGAGGAGCAUGCUGCACCUUCUGUCCCCUCAGGUCCUUCUACACCAGAGGACCGAAAUCCUCCCAUGCUCGCCACCUCUCCACCCCCAGCACCACAAAAGGAGCUUGCGUCUCCUCCUGUUUCCUCUCCCGCUCCCAUCAACUCGCCCACCACUGUCCCACCAGCUCCUGCUCCCAAAGCAAGAACCCCUCCAGCGGUUACUCCUCCUGCGGUGACUCCUCCUACGGUGACUCCUCCUGCUGAGGAACCUACAGCACGCCCCGUCCCAGUGCCCCUGGUCCUGUCUCAAGAGGAGCAGUCAAAGAACACAGACACCACCCAACCCAAAGAGGACGGAGGUGAAACUGUCACCUCGCCCAACGAUGCGAGCCAGGGGAGCCGGAGUACACCACCCCCACCUCCUCCCCCUACAUAUCGGACUGUGGUGUCGUCACCGGGCCCCACAUCUGGAGCUGGUGGCACAAACAGUGGUUCCUCCUCUCCAGUGCGACCUGCCACUCCUUCAUCAGUAAACGCCACCCCACCACCACCUCCACCUCGCCCCCCUUCACGGCCCAAACUUCCUCCAGGAAAACCCUCUAUAGGAGAUGUAAAUCGUCCGUUCAGCCCACCGGUGCACUCUGCCAGCCCCCCUCCCAUCGCCCCACUGGCACGGGCCGAGAGCACCUCCUCUAUCUCCUCCACCAACUCCAUGAGUGCCGCCACCACCCCCACCGUCGGUAAAGAGCUCUCCGUGUCCGUGUCAGAGAAUGACCAGCCAUCCCUUGUAUGGUUUGACAGAGGGAAGUUUUAUUUAACCUUUGAAGGCUGCUCCAGAGGGCCCAGUCCUCUCACCAUGGGGGCUCAGGACACGCUUCCUGUGGCCGCUGCAUUCACAGAGACAGUCAAUGCCUUCUUUAAAGGAGCUGAUCCCAGCAAGUGUGUUGUGAAGAUCAUAGGUGAGAUGGUUUUGUCGUUUCCGGCGGGAAUAACGCGGCACUUUGCCAAUAACCCGUCCCCUGCCGUGCUAACCUUCAGCAUAACCAACUACAGCCGACUGGAGCAUGUGUUGCCUAACCCCCAGCUCCUCUGCUGCGACACCACCACACAAAGCAAGGCCGAUUCCAAGGAUUUCUGGGUGAACAUGCCAAACCUGAUAUCCCAUUUGAAGAAGGUGGCAGAGCAGAAGCCACAGGCAACAUACUACAACGUGGACAUGCUCAAGUAUCAGGUUUCGGCGGAGGGGCACCAGUCGGUACCCCUGAAUCUAGCGGUGAGCUGGAGAUGUGAGCCAACCAGCACUGACCUGAGGAUAGACUUCAAAUACAACGGAGAGGCCAUGACGUCGCCAAUGGCCCUCAACAACGUCCAGUUCCUCGUCCCUAUCGAUGGAGGGGUUUCAAAACUACAAGCUGUCUUACCUCCUGCUGCAUGGAACGCGGAGCAGCAAAGAAUUCUCUGGAAGAUUCCUGAUAUCUCACAGAAAUCUGAGAAUGGAGGUGUGGGUUCGUUGUUAGCCCGCUUUCAGCUAACAGAAGGCCCCAGUAAACCAGCUCCACUGGCGGUGCAGUUCACCAGUGAGGGCAGCACGCUGUCAGGCUGUGACAUUGAACUGGCUGGGCCAGGAUACCGCUUCUCUCUCGUCAAGAAGAGGUUUGCCGCAGGAAAGUACCUGGCUGACAACUAACCUACUACUACUGAAACAGCACUGCUGAACAAAACAAUCGUAGUGGACUGAGGUCGACACCGAGGACAGAGGACAAACCGACACCAGACAGACUUUCCAUUAACCUUUUCGGAGCCCACACGACAGGUCCGCAGCCUACCCAGCAGUAUUGUAUAACUUGCAUAUUAGCAUCGUGGAGCUGUUUUAGGUCAUGUACUUAUCGUAUUUGUAUUCAUUUCAUGACAUCUGUAAUGCGGCAGUUAGACAUCUGGGUUCUCCCUCCCUCUAAAGUCUGUGCCUCUGUCUCCAUCCUCCUCUGGUCAAUGUGUGGUGGUGUUUUUUUUAAAGUGUCACUGCAGCUGCCUGACCGAAGACACAGUCAGAAAGCGUUUUUCAGACAGAUUUAGAUUUUCUGGACGACACACAGUUUGUUGUCUGGAAAGAUUUGGCUGUGAAAAAUUACCCAUAAAUAGGAUCGUUGUGGUCGGACACACAUCUCAACCUCUGACACAUCCAAAGGGAGACGAGUUAAUGUAGAAUCGGGGGCCCAGGAAAGUUCCAGAUAAGUUAUACAUCAUAAGCAGAUAGAAGAAAAUCAUCUGUAUAAAUAAUCUUUCUAUGAGAGUCUGAGCUCGAAGCCUAGGACAGCCGUCCUCACUGUCGCGCACUGACGGCAGCCGUUAGCCAGCAAGUAAAUGCAUUUGCGGAUGCAUUUUGACGCGUAUGUUGUUCCAAAUGAUGCUUGUUUGCAAUCAAAUGAAACACUGAAUCAAGCAACUACAAACAAAAAACUAGAUUUCCAUGCAUCACCUACUGGUACUACAGGGUCACAUGACUUUGGAAUACAUCCUUUUUAAUAUAAAUGCACUGAUCAGUCAAACUGUUAUUUUAUUUCUCUGGAAUAUACCGACGUGGAGAGAGAGGUUUUUCUUUUUAGCCAGUUAGGCAGCUGCAAUGAUAAAUCAAUGUACUGGUUGCAAAAUAAUGUUUUUCCCGUCAGAACAAAACAAGUGUACAAAGUGUCAUUUUAAAUCAGUAAUAUAUAUCUUAAAGGGCGUUUGGUGUUUUCCUCGUAUUGUCAGAUAGCCUUUCUGUUCCCAGGACAGCAGUGAUAGACUCCAGAGUACAUGACAGCAUUCUAUUUUUAUUUAUUGAUGACGAUGAUUUGUUGUAUAAAACAUGUGAUUCUGUAUAUGAAUAGAAUUUGAAUGGUAUCACACAACUCAGAACCCUUAAAGGUAUAAAUAUUUGAAUUCUCUCUCUUUUUUUUGUUAUCUGUGUAGUUGGGUAACCUGUGUACAGUAUAAGGUAUAAUUUUUGAAUUUAUUUCAGAUAUAAUUUUUUAACUCAAGUGCAACAGAAGAUUUGAGCUAUAUAUGGGGUGGGAGGGGUAAUUUAAAGAAAAAGAUAAAUCUCUUCCUGGAUGCUGUGUUAUGCUUUGUGAAAGCAGUGUUACUGUAGAGUUAGUUAUACUGUGGGCAAAGUCCACAGUCUGAAGAGUUAGUGUGACAUUUUGGGAAAUCGGUGCACUCACAUUCUUCAUGUGUUGGAGGAGAUGAUGGACAUCUGUCUGUUCAGCACGAGGAUGGAGCAGGGGAGGAUUAGCUUAGCAUUAAGACUGGAGACAGGAUGAAGCCUGGCUCCGCCUGAAGGUGUAAAAUCUGCUCACAAGCGCCUCCUGAAGUUCAGGAGUCAACGAUGUGUAAAAACUGGAUUCGCAGCAGAUAUGAAAACACAUUGAUUUUCUGAGAUGUAGAGGAGUAGGUAGGCGGACAUUUAGGCAUGUGACCUGUUUGGCUCUACGAAUAUCAAAAGAGACGUAAAGUUUCAGAAAAGAAUCGUACAGUAGUCAACAGCAAGAGACAAAUACAUGGUGGAACCUGCUUGAAUUGUGCCAUGAAUUACAUAUGUGUUCGUCAAGAAAAUUUUGCGAGUGAAGAAAACCUAAGUUCAUUUUAAAGAUAUUAAGUUACAUCACCACCAACAUCAGCAUGGCCGUAUCGACAGUCCGGAGCGUAUUGACAGGUGAAGCUAUGCAAAAGAAGAGUUAGUUAGCUAGUAUACAUGAGCGGCUAUAAACGGUUUCGGCGAAUGUUAAACAAAAAGACGUCUGUUGGGUGUGUAGUCUUUCCAAUUGCAAAAAAAAAGACUUAGCGUUAAAUGAUGUUUGACAUUGGUCUGUUGGUCCACCACUAGUCCAGACUGAAAUUUUAUACAUUCAUCAUCUCCAAAGGAUGAAUUUUAAUAACUAUAGAAAUUCCUGUUGGGCAGGUAAAAACAUAUUUAUCCAAUAUUUUGAUCUAUGACUACCUGUAAAACUAAUGGCGCUCCUGUCGUCCCGGCUGUACGUUGUAUUAUAAUAAACUCUGUGGAACUUCUGUGUUGUGCUGGAAGCCGGUCGUUAGUUUACAUUAGUGGUAUCCAUUUCUAAACUAACGUUAGCUGAUAAUGUUCUCUGUUAGCGGAGCAGAGAGGCCCUGGUCAAAUCCUUUGGACUGCAGCAGAAAAUCUGACACAAGUCCUUCUCAAAGAAAUCCACAAACCAGCGGCCUUAACUUGAACAAAUCAACCGAGAGAGACAGGGAAGGUCUCUCACAAAACUGACCCCGAAACUGAGAUGGUGAAUAUUGUAGCUAUAAUACUUCAGUCAGCAUCAGCAGUGUCAUGGUAAGGAGGGUAGCAUCAACAGCCUCACAGAGCUGCUAGCCUACAGACGCUCAGUCUCCUUUAAGCUAAGCUAAACUAACCAUCUUGUGGCUCCAUCUGAACAUUUAACAGACUUUAGAGUGAAUCACUCUUCUCAUCUAAGUGAGUUUGCCCACUUCCCAAACUGUUAAACUUUUCCUUUUAGAUAAGAUCAAGAUGAAGACAACGAAAGCAAUCAGUUUUCCUCAGCAGCAGUGAUCAAGUUUGGUGACUGUGGUACAACAGGUUUGUUUACUGGGACCAGCUGGUUUUUAGUUAUUAUUCAAACCUCAUGAAACAUAAAGAACUCAUGCUAGUAGUAAUUUCACUUCCCACAUCUACCGAUUCAGAUAUUCCUCAGCCUCGACCAUGAGCCGGACCUGUUUUUCUUACCUGUUUCCAUUCACCUCAGUGGUACCUGAACUCCCUGACUGUAUCAUGAGCACACCCCCGAUCAUCCAGCCAACGCUUGAAUCCAUGGCUUUAUUUUGCAUAAUCGUAAUGGUCUCUGUGAGAUGACAUGAGUUGUAUGAGGUUGUGGAGCACGGUUAAGUUGACCAAAAUGCUUUUUGUUCUUUCUUUUGUAUUUUAUGUGUGUGUACCCCGGACGGUCAGUCCUCUGUUAAGGAGAAUAAGCUGAAUAUUUUUAAAAUGGAUAAAAGUGAAAAAAUAUUAUAUUGUUUAAUGUGUAAAAAGAAAAAAAAAACACUGUGCUGAUGAUGUUGAACUUCCUGAAUGCUCUGAUGCUCAACAUGAAGAACAAAGUGUGUGUGAAGUGUAGCCGAAGAUCUCUGUACUGUAUUGUCUGUCGGCAUUCUGCUAAAUGCAACCAAUCAUGGUCCUUUAAGAGCUGCAGUACGACAAGAGGACAAUUAGAAACAUGUCAAUACUCUGAUAAAUUGAUGGAAUUCUCGAUAUCGGACAUAUUUACCGAUUAUUUGGCUCAUAAAACGAUCAGAUUCGAGUUGUGCAGUGAAAACAAUCUUUCUUUUGACAAGAUUUACUAUCAUUUCUAUGCGGUCUCUGUCUACAAGGUGAUGAUGAUUGGUGCUAUUUAGCUCUCACAUUAGCUUGGGAACGUUUUCCUCUCAGCCAUGUCGCUCCUCACUCAGUCGACUGGACAGGUCAACAUGGCUGCAAGGAAGCUGUAACCUUCUGAGUGAAUUCUGAAGCUAUCAGCGCAACAGUCACUACAGCAUUAUCUACAGAGGCCCACCGUACACAUCCACCAUCUUGCAUUUGUCUCAAAGUACCACUACACUACAGGUUACAUAGUUUUUAGCUUAAAGGUCAUGUAACACUAUAAAAGUCAAAUCAGUCUGUUAAAAAAGAUUAAACAAAAGUUGUAUUUUCCAGAUUUUCUCCUCUGUUGUAAAAUUGUCCAGCAGUAAUACAUUAUCACAUGCAGAGCCUGCAGUGUCAGGUGGGGGUCGUCUCCGAUGGUAGAUGGUACUGAAUUGAUGUGUUGUGCUGACUGUCAGUUACCUGUAUUAAUGUUGAGAAGAGAGCAGGAAGUGUGGUUAUGUGUGCUAUACGCCAGAAUGCUUUUUGGUUCUGUACCGUUAACCUCAAACACAUGUGCAAGCUGUUUGUACAGUACAUAACAACGCUAAGAUGAACUGAGAAACUUAGUUUGCUUCUUUCCAAAACCAAUAAAAGUUAUAACUGGA